AUGAUCGCCAAUCAGAGAACAUUUGUUUAUAUAACGACUGGCCUACUCUGUUCCCUAUCUAUCUAUCUAUCUAUCUAUCUAUCUAUCUAUCUAUCUAUCUAUCUAUUUCGAGAUAUCUCUCAAAGGUUUCGGGAAUUUAACCCUGAAAUAAGAAUCAUCAUCAUCGUAGUCAUCAUCAUCAUCAUCAUCAUCAUCAUCAUCAUUGCCUCAUAUCUAUCUAUCUAUCUAUCUAUCUAUCUAUCUAUCUAUCUAUCUCAGUCUGGUUCAUUCUAUCUAUCUAUCUAUCUAUCUAUCUAUCUAUCUAUCUAUCAGUCUGUUUCAAUCUAUCUAUCUAUCUAUCUAUCUAUCUAUCAGUCUGUUUCAAUUAAUCUAUCUAUCUAUCUAUCUAUCUAUCUAUCUAUCUAUGUUUGUCCAUAUCUCCCUCUCUCUCUCUCUCUCUACCCCCUCUCUCUCUCUAUCUAUCUAUGUUCAUAUCUAUCGAUCUAUAUAUGUAUCGAUCUAUGUCUGUUCAUAUCUAUCUAUCUAUAA